AUGUAUCCCGGCCCUGCUCAGCCUCCUCCCUACAGCUCACGUUCAUCUCCACCUCCCCCGCCUCCUGCUUACAGUCCCGCCAGGCCCUGCUCUCAUGAGAUCAGCGACGACUACGCCCAGGCGCCAUCAGACGUCAAGGAAGAAGCAAAAAUAACCUUCUGGGGCCACCCCUGCAACCUGGGUCUACCGAUUCAACGCAUCACGGCCGAGAGCUUGAACUCGCGCAUCUACGUAUGUCUCCGGGACAGCGGACGCAGAAGGUGCGUGCCGCAAGCCUCGGGCGUGCUGCUGUUGAAUAGCGAACUGAAACCCGUCGAGAUGGGAGACGGCAGCAACCUCCUGACGGGCAGAGACGACGAGUGGUGGAUGCGGUGCGGCCGCUGCAACAAAUCGCGCAACAACUUCCUUGCGAACCACCCCUACGCUCGCCCCUUUACGUGCUCAAAGCUUGGGUGCGGCGCGAUGCUCCCCGGCCGCCCCGCGCUCGAGGCGUGCGCGGGUUGCUCGGCGCCGUACGACGCCAGCUGCGUCCGGAUAAACCGCUACGGAGAGGCGCUCAGGACUCCGGACAGGACUGGGCUCUUGGAUAGGCGGAGGAAUGAACAGCCGGAGCGCUUUGAAGCUCGCGAUCAAGCGAGAGCCAGAGAUGCGGCGUCAUCGCCAAGCUAG